GCCGUUGAUGAAAGCUGUAUCGGCUGUUAAGAGUUCAACUUUUGAAGUGUUCAGUAUAGACAAGUAUGUUAUAGUGACUGAUGGCACUGUUGUUACUGUUUACUCUGACUCAAACUGGACGAAGCCUCAGUGGCAAUUCUCAGUUUAUGAAUAUGUGAAAACACCAACUGCUGUCGGGGUUGUGAAUUUGACGAUCGAUGUUACGAAAGAAGAUGCAGUGUCCCAAACGCCUUCUAAGAAGGCCAAGAUAGAGACGCCUUCAACUCCAAAGAAGAAGACACAACGUCGGCCCUUACUGUGUAUAGGUACGGCUGAAGGCACCCUUGUUUUUGUUUGUUUUUUGACCCAACUGAAUGGGAAGCAACAGACGAACUACAAAAUGCAAAAUGACCACGUGAACGGAAAAUCGGUCUCACCAGUGACAUGUAUACAUAGCAAUGAUUCGCAAGUCCAUUUUGGGCAUGAAAACGGACAAAUAACAUCAGCCAGCUUGAUUAUAAAAAAUGACUCGGGGAAAAUUGGCUACUCCAGCAAAAGCUGCCAUCAAAGUCGAGUUGAUUGUAUUGCAUCUUCAGAGUGUAAUACGUACCUUGUUACAUCUGUAAAUUUGGAUAUUUUUGUUUGGGAUAUUGUUUCUGAGAAAAUUUUGCACAAGGUUAAACCUUUCCACGUCCACGUGACAUCUGUCCGCUUUGUGUCAUCCAGUCUGGAACAUGCAGAAUUUGAAGCUACGCCGACAAAGUCGAAGAAAAAUAAGAAGUCUAGUCCACCUAUUGUGGUGGCAGCGUCUAGAGCCUGUCGUCAAAUAGCUUCCUGGACAUGGUCUAAUUCAGAAACCCCGAGGAACAUAAAUUUGUCUGCAAAUUUUUGCCACUUGGCUAGUUCCGAACACUUCAAGAAGGGCUCACAACUUACGAAGUACGUUUCAGUUUGCAAUUUUGAUGGUUCAGUUGAGAUAAUAGAUGCGCAUUUGAAAGCAAAAUCUGGCAAACCGAUGUUUACUGUCAAAAUAGUGGACUCGGACACUAAAAGUAUUAUUCCCGUUUUCGUUUCUGCUAUUUCUGGACAUUCAGUUGUUCUCUAUCACGGAAUAUUUCCCGAGUUCGUAUCGGUUGAGUUAGUUAACUUUUCUGAUUUGAAAUCAGGCAAAGAACACGUGAUCGAAACAUUGGAUCCUACGAAACGGGCACCCAUGCUUAUGAAAAGUGCAACUUCAGUCGUGCCACAUGAUGUUUCAAAGCUUAAAAAGUCGACAGUAACUUCAAUGUGGAGCCAUGAAGUAGUUGAGAAGGAGGAGCCUAGCUUAAUUGAGCUUUUGACUAAAAUGACUUCAAAUGCCCCUACUACAGGAACUAAAAAAACUGCCUUAUCGCCGGUCAAAAAAAUAACAGCUGGGUCUCGAAUGGCCAAAGAGGAAGGACAGUCGCGUGCGCUUUUGUUGAUACAGUGUCUAAGCAGUAACGAUAAAGCCAAGUUGAAUGAAAUUCUCACAAAUAAUAAUCGAAUACUGAUCAGUGAAACUGUACAAAGUUUGAGCGGGCCGCAAAUUAGUGUGUUAACUGGCCAUCUAUUUCAAAAUAUUGACAAAAUUGGCGAUGCAUUUGUGUAUGUCUGGCUUCGAGAGAUCCUCUUGGUUCAUUUUGACUACCUGCAAAGUUGCAAAUCUCUGAAGCCUCACUUCGACAGAAUGCGACAGCUGGUUGCAAACGAAAUGGACGUGGCAGAAAGACUAAAGUGCCUCAAAGCAAAACUGGAAAUCACGCUUUCACAUCGACUUCGCGAAUCAGAACAACUGGAACCUUCAAACCCGUCAUUGUAUGCCGACGACGAGGAGGAAGAAGAGGUAAUUGAAGGUUCUCAUCUCCUAGACCUAUCUCCAGAAAUGGAGUAUUCGAAAGUAGAGCACAAGUUCUCGAUCAACGAGUUAAAACCUGAUAAGCCACCGGUGCUGAAUUUUAACAGUAUGAAGAAAAGCGUAGUGGCAGAAGAUAUAGGCGAGGGUAUAAGCUUAUCAGACUCUGAUGAUUAAGAAUAGUUCUUGAAAUAGAAAUACUCCAAAUUCUCUUUUCAA